AUGGCCAACCCAAAUCGUGAAAGUGUCAGUACGCGGUUUUCUGAUAAUUAUGAUCUUAAAGAAGAAUUGGGAAAAGGCGCCUUUUCAAUCGUUCGACGUGCUGUGCAGAAAUCAACCGGUUACGAAUUUGCGGCCAAAAUAAUUAAUACUAAAAAACUCUCUGCAAGAGACUUCCAAAAGUUGGAGAGGGAGGCGCGAAUUUGCCGAAAACUUCAACACCCUAACAUUGUGAGACUCCACGAUUCGAUUCAAGAGGAACAUUUUCAUUACCUCGUUUUUGAUCUGGUAACGGGCGGUGAAUUGUUUGAAGACAUCGUUGCCAGAGAGUUCUACUCUGAGGCUGAUGCGUCUCAUUGUAUACAACAAAUUCUUGAAUCUGUACACCAUUGUCACCAUAAUGGGGUUGUUCACAGAGACUUAAAACCAGAAAAUCUCUUACUUGCCAGCAAAGCUAAGGGAGCUGCUGUAAAACUUGCUGAUUUUGGAUUAGCCAUUGAAGUACAAGGCGAUCAGCAAGCCUGGUUUGGUUUUGCGGGUACUCCUGGCUAUUUAUCACCUGAAGUACUUAAAAAAGAACCAUACGGUAAGCCAGUAGAUAUCUGGGCGUGCGGUGUGAUUUUAUAUAUUUUGCUUGUUGGAUAUCCUCCAUUUUGGGAUGAAGAUCAACAUCGACUGUAUGGGCAAAUUAAAGCGGGCGCUUAUGAUUAUCCAUCGCCCGAAUGGGAUACAGUAACCCCCGAAGCUAAAAGUCUCAUAAACCAGAUGUUAACUGUAAACCCGAGCAAGAGAAUAACGGCUUCUGAAGCUCUUAAACACCCAUGGAUUUGCCACCGGGAACGUGUUGCUUCUGUUAUGCACAGGCAAGAGACCGUGGACUGUUUGAAGAAAUUCAAUGCACGACGCAAACUGAAGGGCGCAAUUUUGACAACUAUGCUUGCCACCCGCAAUUUCUCUGGAAAGUCCAUGGUGAACAAAAAAGGAGACGGGUCACAAGUAAAAGAAUCAACCGACAGCAGCACAACAUUGGAAGACGAUGACCUAGACAAGGACAAGAAAGGUGUAGAUAGAGCAUGUACUGUAAUUUCCAAGGAGCACGACGAGGAAGCGUUGACUAAAGCUGAUUCAUUUGGUAAAGCUCGUGGUGACAGUAAUGCUUCUUUGCGCCGAGCAGAAGUUAUUAAAGUUACUGAAGUGCUCAUAGAUGCAAUUAAUAACGGUGAUUAUGAAACCUAUUCCAAAUUAUGUGACCCAAAUGUAACUGCAUUUGAUCCAGAUGCACUGGGCAACCUAGUGGAAGGCGUCGAAUUUCACAAGUUCUUUAUCGAUAACACGCCAACCCAUGUGAAAACUAACACGACGAUCUUAAACCCUAGAGUGCAUCUUAUCGGUGAUGAUGUAGCCGUAAUCGCAUACGUAUGCGUAACACAAAGUGUGGACGCCGAGGGACGACGAGCCACACACCAGUCGCAAGAGACUCGUAUAUGGCACAAACGCCACAACAAGUGGACGGCAAUACAUUUCCAUCGCUCCUAA